ACAUUACACAUAAACAUCUCUUAAAUCAACUUAAGGACUUGGUAAAAAAAAAAGUAAGGAUUUGUAAGGCUUAUAAAGUAGCCUUAAAUUAACCACCAGAAGUGAAAAACAGAGCAAACUGGGUGGUUUAUUAUCAGCUAAAAUCAACUCUUUAAAAAUAUCUUUUUGUAUUUGUUUCAUCCGAUUACAGUAAACACUGCAGGAAUGGCUGCACAUUUCAGCAUAUAUGAGCAAGAAGAAAACAGCAAGUCUACAGAUGACUGGAAAAAGUGAGUAAGUAAAAAGCAGACUUGCUGAAGCACAACAUCCUUUGUUUUUGUCUUUGUAAGUCCUCCAGCUUUUCGAUAACAGGCAUUGAGAAAAUGUUUUAUCGUCUGUGGUGUUUGUUUCAGAUUCUUUGUAGUUCUUAUUUUGCUUUCAGCUGUUUAAUCUCACUUUACGCUGAUAGCAGGAACAUUAGCGCACUGAGGUGAGAGCUGAUAGACUGCCUGGGCUGUCAGGCACUAGAAAUGGAAGUGGCCUGACGAAGUGCUUAAAGAGUGCUGCUGAUAAAGUGAAGGUGACCCCUGGUUAAAGUGACUGGCCGUUGAAAUUGGUGCGUUCAGUAAGGCUGUUUGUGGAUCUGAGAGAGCAGCUCUUAUCUCCAAGCUGUUUGAGAGAAUCUGCUGAUAACCUACUUUAGCAGAGAGUCCAGAUACUGUUGCCACUUGAAAGAACACAAACAGCCAGAGGAGACCAGCAUGGCUGGACAUUCCGUCAAGCUUGAGAAAGACAUAUCAAUCUUAACCACUGACAGAGUUUGAUUGGGACUAGGCCUCAUUACUAACCACAGAAGUUAAUCCCCACUAGAUUCCUUCUUCUAAUUCAGCAUCAGAUGGACAGACGCUGCAGUCUGGAGCCACUGGAGGAGCAACUGCGCUGCCCGGUGUGUCUGGAGGUCUUCUCUGAGCCUCUUAUGCUGCAAUGUGGUCACUCCUACUGUCGUGGCUGCGUCCGCUCCAUGGACAUGGACCCUCUGGGCCAGCUUCAGUGUCCAGUCUGCCGCUGUGCAGUAGAUGGAGACAGUCCUCCACCUAAUGUGGCUCUGGCACGCAUCGUGGACGCCCUGCGGGAGAUCAGCGGGCCAGGCCAGGGCCCCCAAGAGACCUGCAGCCAGCACCACAACCCCCUGAGCCUUUACUGCGAAGAUGACCAGGCACUCAUCUGCGGCCUGUGUGGAAGUAUUGGAGGACAUCGAGCACACAAGGUCACCCCCAUCAGCAGCGUCUACAGCCGCAUGAAGGAGGACAUUUCGGGUUUGAUGACUGAAUUUCAGACUCAGAAGAGAAAGCUGGAGGAGCAGAUCUGUAAAAUGGCCUACAACAAAUCUCGCAUUACUAAUGAGUCUGACGUACUGAAGUGGGUGGUGCGGAAGGAGUUUGGAGAGUUGCGGCGCUGUGUGGAGCUGGAGGAGGCCCGCUUCAUGCAGAAGGUGGAGAGCACCGCCUCCACUCUCAUCUCCUCCAUCCAGACCCAGGCUGACCAUAUGAGCCAAUUACUGGCCAAGUUCCAGGAAGCCGAAGGCACACUGGAAGCCCUGAGCAACGAGGGCCAUCUGGACUUUAUCACUAAAUACAGCUCCAUUGCUCCAAGGUUUAGAGAAAGCCAGCAGAGAGAAAAGAGGAAGGAGAGAACCUACAGCUCCAUUAGCUUCAAACCAGGCUUCAAUCACAGUGACAUCAAAAUCGCUGUGUGGAAGAGAUUACACAGGAGAGUUCUGCCAGCUCCUGAGCAUCUGAAGUUUGACCCUCUCACAGCUCAUCCCAUGCUGCAACUCAACGAGCACCUCACGAGUGUGGAGUGCGGUGUCAUUGUGAACCGCCUGCCCAAUAAUCCAGAGCGCUUCAGCUACAGCUACUGUGUGCUGGCCAGUCGCGGGUUCUCCUCAGGGAAGCAUUACUGGGAGGUCCAGGUGGGCCAAAAGCCAAAGUGGCGGCUCGGCCUAAUCAAAGGAACCACAUCGCGCAAGAAUAAGCUGACCAAGAGCCCAGAGGGUGGAGUUUGGCUGAUUGGGCUGAAGGAAGGCCGACUGUACGAGGCUUUUGCUAACCCACGAGUCACGCUGCCCCUCACAACCCAUCCCCAGCGCCUGGGGGUCUUCCUGGACUAUGAAAGAGGAGAGAUGACGUUCUACAAUGCGGACAGUCCAGACGAGCUGGUAACUAUCUACUCCUAUCAGGCUGAGCUGCAGGGGAAGGUGUACCCGCUGUUUGACGUAUGCUGGCAUGAGCGCAGUGCCAACAAGCUGCCAAUCUCUCUGCCCCAGCCUCUUGCCGAGGUGUGACCUACCUUCAGUUUUCUUAUGAAACCUUUUUGAGGCUUUAAAAAGAUGCAUCUCAAAGACUCUGGACUUCCUUCGGUCAUUUGAUCUUAAUACACUUGUGUUUUCUUACUGCUUUGCAGUAAGCAUUGUUUGAUGUGCAUUGUUUGAUACACAAGAGCUGCGUUCCAAAGUCUAGGCUGCAGCCGAGGUGGGCCAUACUGUAUAUCUUGGCUGCCAUGUCAUGUAAUUCACUUUAAUUAAAAUGUAUUUUUAUGUAUCACUUUUUAAAUAAAUGCUGUCACAAAGCAGCUUUACAGAGAUCAGGUCUGAGCCUCUUUAGAGUAAGCACAAAUGUGACAGUAGCAAGGAAGAAACCUAGGAAGGAAUGGGUCCUUCUCUGGUUGACACAGACAGCGUAACAAAUAAUAAAACAACAAGAAGAACUGGACAAAAGAAAAUGAGUGAGAUAAUGAAUAGCUAUAGCUAAUGUGAGAGCAGUUUAUCCAUUUAUGAGUCCAUGCAGGAUAAACAAUUAUAUGUACAGCUGUGGAGUGUGACCGGAAUACUGUCUAUCAAGGCAGGGAUCCAGAGCAGGCUACAGGAUAAUAGAGAACCAAGCCAGACAACACCAGGUCAGAACAGAAGGUACAAGUCAUCUCCAUCUCAAUAAAUGACAAAGAGUUGUAAAGGAAUUACUUAGGUUAGUGGGAUUGUGUAAAACACUGGUGAGUUCUCUAAUAAGCCUUAUAAGCAUUGGUUAAGUGCAAAUUAAUGACAUAUUAAUGUUAUUAUUAUUAUAAUUAAGUUUUAUAUUAUAUUUGUUGUCUAUACUUUACUCUUUGAAAACCAUAUGAAUGUAAAGUUCUGGUAUUGUAUGAUAGUUGUGGAUUGCUGGAAAAAUACCAGGAGCAGCAACAGCAGCUAAUAAAGAACCUAAUAUAACAAUAAACUUCUAAA